CUCGCAAGUGAAAAAGCAUAAUCUUCCCUUUCAAAAGCUGAUCUCCGCAUCCCUAAGCCACGAACACACAUCUCGCUCUGACAAAGUUGCUUUGCUUGGAGAGAAGCAGGACCUUUAACGAAGAGAAGAGUUUAUCCGCUGGUACCAGCUGUUGCGAACUUACAAUCAUUUUGGAGGAUACAUCUUUGUCAAUUUGGAGAUGGACUUGCAGUCAAAAGCACACAUUUUGGUGGCUUUAAUAGCCUGCAUUGCACUGCAAUCAGGAGCUCAAGAAAAGAAUUAUAUUGUGAGAGAGGAACUGCCUGAAAAUGUCCCAAUUGGAAAUCUGCUCAAGGACCUUAACUUGACAUUGGACCCAAGUGUAGCACUUUCUUCACCCCUUCAGUUUAAACUUGUAUAUAAGACAGGUGAUAUCCCUCUUGUCAGAGUGAAGGAAAACACAGGGGAAAUAUUCACAACUGCCAACAGAAUUGAUAGGGAAAAAUUGUGCGCAGGAAUCUUCAAUGAAUACAAGUGUUUUUACGAGGUGGAGGUGGCUGUCUUACCAGAUGAAGUCUUCAGGCUUGUGAAGAUACGAUUCCAAAUAGAGGAUAUCAAUGACAAUGCUCCACUAUUCCCCUCGACUGUCAUCAACAUUUCCAUUCCCGAGAAUACUGCCAUCAAUUCUCGAUAUCCCGUGCCCUCUGCUAUCGAUCCCGAUGUUGGAAUGAACGGCAUUCAACACUACGAAUUAUUGAAGGGGCAGAACGUCUUUGGACUUGACAUCAUUGAAACACCUGAAGGUGACAAAUGGCCACAACUAAUUGCCCAACAAAAUUUAGACAGAGAGCAAAAGGACACAUAUGUGAUGAAGAUAAAAGUAGAAGAUGGUGGAAAUCCUCCGCGAUCCAGCACUGCUAUUCUUCAGGUGACUGUCACUGAUGUGAAUGACAAUCGACCUGUUUUUAAAGAGAAUAAUAUUGAGAUUAGAGUUCCAGAAAAUGCUCCAAUUGGCACAUCUGUCACGCAAGUUCAUGCAACAGAUGCGGAUCAAGGUUCCAAUGCUCAGAUACACUUUUCCUUUGGCAAUCAGAUAACAAAUACUGCAAGGCGACAGUUUGCAAUAGACAGUAAUUCUGGUUUAAUCACUGUUAAGCAACCUCUUGAUAGAGAGGAAUCUUCAUUUCAUAAAUUAAUAGUUCUUGCAAGUGACGGAAGCUCAACCUCAUCAACUGCUACUGUAACUGUAAACAUCACAGAUAUAAAUGAUAAUGUUCCAUCAAUUGAUACAAGAUAUAUAAUUAAUCCCAUAAAUGGAUCAGUAUUACUGUCUGAAAAAUCCCCAUUAAACACAAAGAUUGCUCUUAUUACAGUAACCGAUAAAGAUGCAGAGCAGAAUGGAAAAGUAACAUGUUUCACUGACCAUGAUGUUCCUUUCAGAUUAAGACCUGUAUUUGAUAACCAGUUUCUUUUAGAGACUGCUGCAAAGCUUGACUAUGAGGCUACUAGAGAAUAUGCCAUUAAAAUAGUAGCCUCUGAUUCAGGGAAGCCCCCAUUAAACCAGUCUGCAUUGCUUCUGAUUAAAAUAAAAGACGAAAACGAUAACAACCCUGUCUUUGUCCAGCCUGUAAUAAACCUAUCAGUUAUAGAAAACAAUAUUCCAGGAAUUCAGUUGACUAAAUUAAGUGCUACGGAUGCCGACAGUGGUAAAAAUGCAGAGAUCAGUUAUAUCCUUGGUGCUGAUGCCCCUUCUGUUUUCAACCUGGAUCGCAAAACUGGUAUCUUGACUGCUGUAAGAAGGCUCGACCGGGAAAAACAAGACAGGUACUCAUUUUCUGUCCUUGCCAAAGAUAAUGGAAGUCCUCCUCUGCAGAGUAAUGCAACAGUAACAAUAAUAGUGACAGAUGAAAACGACAACAAUCCUGCCUUUACCCACAAUGAGUAUAAUUUCUACAUACCAGAAAAUCAACCUAUGUAUGGAUCAGUUGGACUGAUUACUGUAACAGAUGCAGACACUGGCAAAAAUGCAGCAGUUACACUUUCAAUAAUAAAUGGCAAAGAUAAAUUUAUAAUAGAUCCUCUCACAGGAGUAAUAAGGCCCAAUAUUAGUUUUGAUAGAGAACAGCAGGGGUCCUAUACAUUUUAUGUGAAAGCCGUGGAUGGUGGUAGUGAAAUUCAGCGUUCAUCUACUGCUAAGGUGACCAUCAAUGUUGUAGAUAUAAAUGACAACAGACCUGUAUUUUUGAUUCCCUCCUCUAAUUACUCGUAUGACUUAGUGCCAACGUUUACCAGUGCGGGGUCAGUAGUUACAAGAGUGUUUGCUGUUGAUAAUGAUACAGGAAUGAAUGCAGUACUUCGCUACAGCAUUGUAGGAGGAAAUACAAGAGGUUUAUUUUCAAUUGAUCAAGUAACUGGCAACAUAACAUUGCAGGAAAAGAUAAUUCCUGCAGAUCAUGGUCUGCGUAGCCUAGUUAUUAAAGCCAGUGAUUUAGGGCAGCCUGAAUCAUUAUACUCCAUCACAUUUGUACAUUUAUUUAUAAAUGAGUCUGCAUCAAAUGCAAGCUAUGUUCAUGAUCUAGUUCGCAAAAGCUUGGAAACACCACUGGAACAAAAUGUUGGAGAUGGAGAGCUUACGCCACAAACAAAUGACUAUGUUAAAAUUGUUAUUGCCAUUAUAGCUGGAACAAUGACUGUUAUUUUGGUAAUAUUUGUCACUGCACUUGUCCGUUGCAGGCAGACUCCAAGACACAAAGUUGUUCAAAAGAGCAAACAGAGUGGAGAAUGGGUCUCACCAAAUCAGGAAAACCGGCAGAUUAAGAAAAAAAAGAAGAAGAAGAAACGUUCCCCAAAGAGCCUCCUCUUAAAUUUUGUGACCAUUGAAGAGCCCAAGUCAGAUGAUCAUACACAUGAGCACAUUAAUGGUACAUUGGAUAUUCCAGUGGAGUUAGAAGAACAAACAAUGGGAAAAUAUAACUGGGCCACAACACCAACUACAUUUAAACCCGAAAGCCCAGAUUUAGCUAAACACUACAAGUCCGCCUCUCCACAGCCAACUUUCCAAAUCAAACCUGAAACCCCUGUACCCCCAAAGAAGCAUCAUAUUAUUCAGGAACUGCCACUUGAUAAUACCUUUGUUGUGGGGUGUGACUCUCUAUCCAAAUGCUCAUCGAGCAGCUCGGACCCUUACAGUGUCUCAGAAUGCAGUUGUCAAGGAGGAUUCAAGACAGCAGGGCCCAUUCACACAAGACAGGGACCCAUGGAUUGAUUUGGGGAUCCCUUGAAUGUACCCAUAUUCGGAUGUUGAAGGGCCCGAAGAAGGCAUUCUUCUUUGGAAGAAAGGGGAACAAGACCCAGGUUACUGUUUAUGAAAGUCAAGAACAAAUGUAGCAGUAUAGGUUUGAAUAUGUCUGUUUUUAGGUUUUGUAUGUGUUUUACUUCUGAAUACUUUGCACUAUUCCUGUAUUUUUCUUUCCUUUUUAUUUCAUUUGUUUUGCACUUUUGGCACUUUAAGAAUGAGUUAUCUUAUAGUGCUUUACUCUUAUUAAAAGAAAAUCAUGAGCAUUUGAUUUGCAGCCUAUCAGUCAACUUUCAAGAUUUCAGCUUAGGUUAACAAUCCCUUCUGCAUCUCUACACUGAGUACUGACUGCACUGAUUCUCUGACUUUUCAACAUGCUUUUGUUCUUCAGUGAAGAAACAUUGGUCAGUCCAGUUGCUGAGGAUUCCCUUUCUCUUCAAAGGAUCAGACAUUCUUUGAUAUCCAGUUAUAUACGUGUCCAUUUUUUAUGAUAAUACCUCAUUCUGUUCUUGUCAACUUCUGCUGAAUGUCACAGACUGAAGAAAGACUCCAAUGGAUGUUUUAUGACCAGUACAAUAAAGAAUAAAGUCGGUUCAGAAAAUAUUGACAUUUCUGACAGUCAAAACCUAUUCUAGCUGCAAAACUGUUGUCAUGCAAUUAUGUUGCAUACAUGACAAAAAGACUUCUGAACAUAUUCUGUUUUCUGGCUUAUUAUGUUGAAUGCAUUGCGGGCAGUGCGUACUGGUGUAUACUUUGCAGCCUUUUCAAAGAAAAGAAAUAAGCUGCUAAAAUUAAGGAAACAAACAUUUACAUACAUUUUUUGAAUCUGAAAAUAAUUGCUACAUUCCCAUUGAUCCUAAUUUACUUGACAACUAGCUAAUCGUCCUUUUGUGUUACUCCUCUUCUUCAACAGUUUUCAGUACAUCAAUCCAACAAUUUCUGCAGUACGUGAAUGGAUCAGAUAAAAUGUUCCUGGAGGACAAUUCAAUUCUUUCUCUUAGAUUAUUGAUGGGAAAAUAUAUUUGUUACUUGUUAAAAAGAGUUAACAUUUAGCAAUGCUGUAUGCGAAAGAACAAAGUUGUUGUAAAAUGUGGUCCAUGUAUUUUCCAGCAGUGUAUUGCAUGGCUUUGGAGAAAAGAUGGGCAGAGGUGUUCCAAGUAAGCAGCUCAAAUGCGAGCUUUGCCUUAAAAUAAGCAGCUACAUUUCAGAUCCAGCAAAUGAUUAUUGCAUGAUACCUUUCCUGGUCAGAUGAUGUAAAAACUCAGUUGAUAUGGAAAUGUGCUGAUGGAUAUUUAAAGCCUAUUCCAUGAAAUGCAGUGUUUCUGGAAAAAAAGUUUUCUGCAUUUCCCUUAACAAACAUUCAUUGAAUUUUAUGUUCUGAUUCUGAAACACAAUGUUUGUUGUACCAUCAUUACAUUAAUUUGUUAAUAAAAUGUUUAUUGCAGUUUG